CCACCUACAUGAUGUUUAACUAGUUAAGUACUUCCUUGUUGACAUUGACAGUAAAAUGCUUCUCUUGGUGAUAAAAUGGAUUCUGCUUAUCGUAAAAGUUUCAGAAUGUGUGAUUGAUACUUGCAACAAUAAUGACAAAACAACACCUACGAGAGUGGCGAAAAUGUGCCAAUCAACAUCAGUGGUGGAGGAAGAUGAAGAUGGCAAUGCUACCUUUGACGGUGUAUUUCUUUCUUUAAUAGAGCAUGAAAAUAAUUGUUCUUGUUCUGUCUCGGUAAAGAAUACAAACAGCUUUGUAAACCUGUUUAUCAAACGACUAAACAACUUCACCGAGCAGUCUUUGUGUGGGGUGGUAAUAGAUAUUUAUCACAUUAGACCAAACGAUAGUAUACUACCUGAAAACUUCCCUAUUAAUUGUAGCAGUACAGAGCAAACACAAGUGUUUUCAUUAUUAAGAAAUGAAUAUAUACAGUUCACAUCCAGAGUAGUAGACGUACAAUUAUCAGUCGGAUACUGCAUACAGAUAACCAGAGAUCACAACGCAGGCCAAGAAGUUAGUUCUCUAGAAAUAUCGUGCGGUAAUCAGGCACUUGCGACUACAAUAGAUACACCAAUACACGCUCAGACAACUUUCAGCGAUACAUCAACAAACCCUCAGACAACUUUCAGCGAUAUAACAACUCACCCUCAGGCUAGUCUCAGCGAUAUACCAACCCAGACUCAGACAACUCACAACGAUUUCAAAACUUCGGAACAAAUAACAUCAUUUAUGUCAUCUCCUACGCCUAUGAUUAAUACAUCCAACAUAAAUGACAAGACUAAUUCUGAUGGUGACAGUACACUUUAUAUAGCUAUUGGAGCAGGUGGUGGGUUUGUUCUAUUUGUAACAUUACUAGUUCUGAUUGUGUUAUGCAAAAGGAGAAAGUCGCAUCAUUCUGAUAAAGGGGAAAACAGUGCAAACCCCAGAGCUUCCUCUGCCGCCGACAGCGAUGACGACGAUGGUCUGAAAUACAAUGUGCUGUAUGUCUCGUCCGAACGGCAUGCCGAUAUCGAUGUUAAUUAUUCUACUGCAGAUGGAGAUAUACCUAGACAUAUAAGUGGUGAAGACGAUGGUGAUUAUAGUACAGUUGACGACAACAAAAACAUUCAAGAUUCAAGUCUAUAUACACAUCAAGUCACCAAUACUGCUGUAGAAGUCAAUGAAGAUAAUGGCGUUGAACAUAUAAAUGCCCCUACAGAAAGUGGUUGUGUGUAUGCAGUUGUUGAUAAAAGUCAUAAAACAAAUAGCUCUGUCAAAAAUAUAGAAACAGCUUCUACAAGUGCAACGUAUGCCGUCGUGAACAAAAGGAGAGUGACACCUCCUGAUGAAGGGAAUAAAUAAUAAAAACAGAAUAUAAAGACGCUCUACUUUUAGAUUGUUAGUUAAACUUAUUAUGCUUAACUUUGAAUUCCCGAAAAUAGACAAAAUAUGAUGUAAAACUAUAAUAUUUAAGGAAUGACUGUAAUAUUGAAAAUGUGGUGCACACUGAAUAACCCG